AUGAGCUUUGAGGUCCCUUUCCACCCAAACCAUCCUGUGAUGCUGGGAUGAGCAUCCAGAGAGUGCAGGAGCUGAGGCAGAGACAGCAGCAGCUCCCUUCCCGGGAUGCUGACAUCAGGGCACUGUUGGAGCAGCGAUAGGAGCAGCUCUGGGAAAGUCAGGAGAGCAGCUAAUUCAAUGGAGAGAUAGACUGGAAUAACAAGUCUGCUUUAAUCUGAUUGCUGGGCUGAUGGGUAGCACUGCAAUGGAUCCGUGAAAAACUUCCAGGCACAGGGGUGACGUGGGAGCUUAAAUCCUGCCCACUGCCAGGACUGAGGGGAGCCACAGAGGCUGUGAGCAGGCACAGAGAUUUAGACACCACGGGUAGAAGUGACCAGCUGUGUUCUGUGCCCACCGUGGCUGCAGUGCAAUUUUCCUGCCCCAAGGCCAUGGCAGCUGUUCUCAAAUCGAGUCUUGGCUGGCUGAUGUGUUUGUGGCGAGGAUGGGAGCUCAGCUGGAUCAUCAGGUGAGGAAAAAACCCCACAGGGCACAAGUGGAGAGCAAAACCUUUGCAAAACCUGUGAGGGCAGAGGCCAGAGCUGGUAGCACCAGUCUCAGGAAGCGCUUGGGUGGGAGGAUGGCUCUGGGAAUGCUGGUGAGGACGUUUUGGAUGCAUUUUCCACAGCCUCAAGAGCUGCUCACUAGGAUGGAAUUAAAGCUGGGCUCAGCAGACCUUCCCCCAGGAGCACACAGAGCAGCAGCCCCGUGCUGGAGCAGGGGAUGACGGGCUUGCCCCUGCCUGCCUGUGCCAGCUCCCAUCGGACUGGGACCGGCAGCUCCUGGGUGAGUGUCCCAGAGCCCCAGAAAACCAUGGGAGACAAGACCCAUGUGGGGCAGGGAUGUGUCCAGAGGGCUGGGACACCCCUCUGGGAGUCUCCACAGCCAGGCUGGAGCAGAGGCAGUGAGCAGGGAAGUUCCUCUGCAGAUUCCUCCUCUCCAGGCUUGUGUGCGUGUCUUUUCCUGCUGCAGCCGCUCUGUUUUCUGGGAGUGCUGUUUUAUUCCGGCCCUUGACCCUGCAAACUGGGCGUGCACUCAAGCUGAACAAGCAAACAUGGAGCUUUUGUGCUCAGGAAGGUUGAGCUGAAGGGUGUGUGGAGGGUGUAUGGAUACAGCACCACUGACAGCACAGACCAGAGCCACCUCGAGCCCAACCCAGCACAAAGAAGGCAGGAGGGAAGGAGAGAUCCCUGACAUGGCACAUCCAUAAAUCUGCAAGGCUCACUGGGGUGGAGAUGGGGCAGUUCUGCUGUGAGAAUGCGAGCUGCCCACCCAGGGGUCACGGGACCCGAGGCCAGGGAGGCGAGUGGACAGGAGAUGUGGCUCUGUGUGUUUAUUUUUGGGAACGGAGCACAUUUGGUCCUGGUGACAUUCAGAGGAGGAGUUCCCACCCCUGGCCUGGCUGGUGGGGAAUGUUCAUGCUCAGACAUCCCGAGGGAUGCAGCUGGGGCACUCAACAGCAGCGUGUGUUGCUCCAGGGAGGGCGAGAGCUGGCCUGAAGUGAGCCAGGGCCCAUCCAAGGGUUCCCAUCCCGGCAGCCCUUGCAGGAGCAGCUGGGGGAAGCCACAGGGUCGAGCUGGCUGGGACAGAGGCACUUUUGGUUUCUGUUCUCCAGGUGUUCCAGGGCAGGCAGCCAGCGCUGUGAGGAGCCCUGCUCCCUCCCAAACAGGGGGAGAGAAGCUGCUCAGCUAGAGAUGUGUUUCUGAGCACUUCCACCUUGGUUUGCAUUGACAACAGAUCUCAAAAUAGAUUUUUAUGGCCUUUCAUUGGUGCCGUGAAGCUGUCAGUUAUCACACUCCUAAGGACAGGCAAUCCAAGCCCUUGGCAAACAUCAGUGAUUUGUUUUCAAAGGGUGGUGGAUGUUACAGCCGAGAAAGCAGCAAAAGGUGGGGAUGAGGGCGGCCAGGAAGGCCCCACGUGCCCUGCUCUAUCCUGGCAUGCAGGAUAUCCAUCCCCAGGCCGGGCAGCGUGAGCUUCCAGUGUCAGCUGGAUGGAUUGCCGUGGCGGUGGCUGCAGAGCAAUAUAUAUUGGAUUUUACUGGUGCAGUUUGCCGUGCUCUCACCUCAGCUCUCCCCGUGUCCCCAGAUCUCGCCGGCCGGCCGGGGAAGGGGCCGCACGCAUGCCAGCAGGGCCCCCCCGCCCCGAGCCAUGCGGUGACGCGGGGACAGCGCGGCCCCAGCAGCCAUGGCCCAGUCCCGCGCCAACGGCUCCCACUACGCGCUGACGGCCAUCGGGCUGGGCAUGCUGGUGCUCGGCAUCAUCAUGGCCGUGUGGAACCUCGUGCCCGGCUUCGGGCCCCCCGACAAACCCGGCGGCAACAGCAGCAAGCCCGACCGCGGCUCCGGGGGCAUCCUGAAGAGCAAGACCUUCUCGGUGGCCUACGUGCUGGUGGGGGCAGGCCUGCUGCUGCUCCUGCUCUCGCUCUGCCUCAACGUGCGCGACAAGAAGAGGCAGAGCGAGGACCUCGCCAUCGCCCACGUGCAGCGCCAGGUGUCUGCGGAGCCCUCGCAGCAGGAGGACAGUCAAGAAGAGGAUGAAGACGUCUCUUCCCAAUACUACGUGCCCAGCUACGAGGAGGUGAUGAACACAGGCUACUCUGAGCCCAGAGAUUUGGACAGGAGCAACAGGCUCAGUGUCUCCCUGCCCUCCUACGAGUCCUUGGCAGGGCUGGACGAGAGCAGCCAGGCCCCGGGAGCCGCGGGCGCGGAGCCCGGCACGGAGAGGCCGCCCAGCCGGCACGGCUCCCGCCUCAGCAAGCGCCUCAAACCCCUCAAGGUCCGCAGGAUCAAGUCAGAGAAGCUGCACCUGAAGGACAUCAGGCUAAACCUGGCACAAGGCAACAGCAGUGUCCCUAUCACGAUAGAGCCCCUCACCCCUCCACCCAAGUAUGAGGAGAUCCAGGAGAAAAUUCCAGUGAGCCAGCAGAUGCCUUAGAAAAAGGAAGAGGAAUCUGAUGCUGCUUGGUUGAGGGUUUUCUACAACCCACCAUGCCAAGAGGGGCUUGGUGUGUGGGUGCAGGAGCAGCCAGGGCUCCCUGGAUGCUGCCACGUGGAGGACGUGCUGUGGCACAAGGAUGGGACUCAUUUUCCCUGGGACUGGGUUUUGCAAAAGACUGUGGGGAAAGAAACCUGAGCACCACAAGUUCUGCUGUGAAUUAAAUGAAGGCUGGACGUGCCAAACGUGUCACUUGUGGUGUUUGAUAUGAGACCACCCAGCGCAUCCUCUCAUCUCCUCUCCCCCUCGCUUCCAGCAGGACUUUUCCAAGCCACCAAACUGAUAUUGCAGAAGAAUUUUCCAAGUGGAAAAGUGAAAUGUUUCUUUUUUUGGGUGCCUUUUCUUUCCGAGGAAGGGGAAGUGCGUUGCCAGAGCAGCACCACGGCUUUCCCUGGCUCCCAACUGGGCUGGGCUGGUGGCCCAGGGCCAGCCCUGCCUCCUGCCAAGGUCUCUGCUGGCUGGUGGGAAGCAGCUGAAAGGGCCCUCCUGCUCCUCAGGGAGAGGAUGGAUUUCUUGCCUCUGCUGCUUUUUCCCUGCUGUGUUUUGUGCCCCAUUCGAGGCAAUUGGGUGACUCUGGGGGUUGGAGCUGCAUGCAGCAGGGGUGAAACCACUGCUGGGCAUCCUGUGCAGGCAGACUGGUCUGAAUAAAUGUUUUGUACAUUGUG